AUGAGGGGUGGCAGCGGGCCCCAAGGAUUGACGUCGGGUAUUAGUGGAAACAGGAGCUUGGUCGCGAGCGCGAGCUUCAACAAUGGACGCCUGGCCGCGGUGCGUUCACGAUUACGGAAUCGCGAGGUCUCCGAACGGAAACAGGUCGGCGACGCCGAAAGUAUGAUUAACGAGGAGCCCAACGUCAUGCAACCGGGCGGGGCGAGCGAAUGGCUCGAAUGA